GCACUCGCAGUCGCAGUCGCCGUCAAAGUAACAGCAAAAAACAACAGAACAUCGCUGUCGUCGCUGCUGCAGCGCCGUCGCCGCUGACGUCGCCGCAUGCAUACUAUUAAUUUAUUAUACAAAUUGUUUUUAUUUUGAAUAAUGGAUCGUCGUGCAUUGAAGUUUAUGCAAAAAAGAGCGGACACUGAAAGCGAAACAACAGCAACAACAACAAACACAUCGGCAGCAGCAACAAUUCUAACAACGGCCGCAGCAUCAACAGCAACAGCAGCAACAACAACGACCACAACAUCAACAACAACAACAACUGCGCUACCACUAAAGGACAAUUCGAAUAUAAGAAGCAGCAGUAGCAACAACGGCAACAGCGACAAGUUGCAAACAGCAACGCAACAGCUACAACAGUUACAGCAGCAACAUAAGCAACAGCAGCAGCAGCAGCAGCAACAACAGCAACAGCAGCAACAUAUUGAGCGACCGUUAAAGUGUUUGGAGACUUUGGCUCAAAAGGCUGGAAUAACAUUUGACGAGAAAUACGAUUUCGCUAGUCCGCCGCAUCCAGGCAUUGGCAACAACAACAACAAUAAUAAUAAUAAUAACAACAACAACAGUUGCACCACCAACAAUAACAACAACAAUAACAACACUAAUAACAACAAUAACAACAACAAUACACAAUCGAGCAACAAUAAUCACAUCAAAAGCAGCACGCCCACAUCAAUUGCCUCAAAUACAGCGCAAACGCCGCGACGCACAGCAACAACACCGACAGCAGCAACAACACCCACAGCAGCAACAACACCCAACAGCAACAGCAACAACAACAACAACAACAACAACAACGCUCGCUCACGCAGUGUUUCGCGUUCGCGUUCACGUUCCAGCACGCCCACAUCGCGUGUAGCAGCAGCAGCAGCGGCAGCAGCAGCAGCAACAUCAGCAGCGACAGCAGCAGCAGCAGCAGCAGCAACAGCAACAGCAACAGUUGUUGGCGGCACGCUGGAGAAAUCACAGAGCCCCGCCCAACAGGUGGCAUCCGCUGCGGCGGUGCCACUGCAAAUUUCGGCAGAGCAAUUUCAGCAAUUCUAUCCGUAUACGGCCAUACAGGUUAAGCAGGAGUUUCCCACACACAAUGCUAGCGGCAAUAGCAACAAUGUUGUUGGUGCCGGCAACAGCAACAAUGGCGGCGGCGGCAACAACAACAAUAGCGGCAACAGCGGCAACACUAGCGGCAAUAGCAACGAACUGAAGCAUGCAACAAGUCUAUUGGACGCCAGUCAGACGACACAGCUGCAACAGUUGCAGCUGCAACAGUUGACGGCGGCCGGCGAUGGCAGUGCAGCGGCUGCAGCGGCAUCAAUUGCUGCGGCGGCCGCUCAACAGCAACAACAACAGCAGCAACAACACUCGGCAGCAAUCAGCACAAUGUCGCCCAUGCAGCUGGCUGCUGCCACCGGCGGAGUGCCCGGCGAUUGGGCCAACGGCCGCACCGUGCAGCUGAUGCAGCCCUCGACGGGCUUCAUCUACCCGCAGAUGAUCGUCUCCGGCAAUCUAUUGCCGGCAACGCUCGGCCAGCAGCCGAUCCAGGUGAUCGCCAGCAAGCACUUCCAGGGCAGCGGGCCGCAGAUGAUAACGACAACCACGCAGAACGCCAAGCAGAUGAUUGGCGGACAGGCGAGCUUCGCCGGCGGCACCUAUGCGAUACCCUCGAGCCAGUCGCCGCAGACGCUGCUCAUAUCGCCGGUGAAUGUGAUUUCGCCGCAGCAGCAGAGUCUGCUGCACUCGAUGCAGGCGGCGGCGGCACAGCAGCAACAGCAACAGCAGCAGCAGCAGCAACAGCAGCAACAACAGCAGCAGCAACAGCAGCAGCAGCAACAACAGCAGCAGCAGCAAUUGACGCAACAGCAGCAGCAACAGCUGACUGCGGCCGCUGCCGCCCAGCAGGCCGCUCUGGCCGUCACCGCCUCGAAGGUGGGCCUCACCACCGAUGGCCAGGCCAAGCUGCAGCAGAAGGUGGUGCAGAAGGUGACCACCACAACGAACACGGUUCAGGCCGCCAGCGGUGGCGCUGGCAAUGCCCAGACGCAGCAGCAACAGCAGCAGCAGACCACCACACAGCAAUGUGUCCAGGUGUCGCAGUCCACCCUGCCAGGUGUGACGGCUGCCCAGGCGGCGCAGCUCAUCAGUCCGCUGCAGAACGCGGCCACCGGGCAGCAGAUGCAGCUCGGCCCGUGGUUCUGGCCCAAUUUCGGUGCGAAUCCGAUUAUAUUGCGCGGUCAGCCGGAUCAUACGUCGAGCAUGUUCAUCCAGCAGCCGGCGACGCAUCAGGCGCUCCAGACCCAACAGAAUCAGAUAAUUCAGUGCAAUGUGACGCAGACGCCGAAUAAGGCGCGAGCUCAGCUAGACGCGCUGGCGCCCAAGCAACAGACGCAGCAGCAGCAACAGGCAAACGCCCAGCAGCAACAGCAACAGCAGCAGCAGCAACAGCAACAGCAGCAACAGCAGCAGCAGCAGCAGUUGACGGCACAGCUGCAGCGGACAGGCGCGCCCAUCUUGCCGCACAAUGGGGCACAGGUGCGACCGGCCAGCUCGGUGUCCACGCAGACGGCGCAGAAUCAGAGUUUGCUCAAGGCGAAGAUGCGCAACAAGCAGCAGCCGGUGCGGCCCGCUCUGCCCACCCUGAAGACGGAGAACGGCCAGGUGGGUGCCGGCGGCAACAAGGCGCAGGCCGGGCAGGUGAACAGCAAUGCGCUCACCCAGCACUUGGCCGUCCAGCAGCAACAGCAACAGCAGGCGGCGGCGGCAGCAGCAGCAGCGGCCGCUGCCAAUCUGCAUCAGGUGGUGACGACGGCGGGCAACAAGAUGGUGGUCAUGAGCACGGGCACGCCCAUAACACUGCAGAACGGGCAGACGUUGCAGGCAAGCGGCGUUGAUAAGCAGCAACAGCAGCAGCAACAGUUGCAGAUCAUGAAGAACCAGCAGCUGUUGCAGCAGCAGAUGUUGCAGCACCAACUGCUGCAGCUGCAACAGCAACAGCAGCAGCAAGCCCAGCAGCAGCAGCAACAACAGCAGCAGCAGCAGCAGCAACAACAGCAGCAGCAACAGCAGACGCAGCAAACGCAACAGCAACAGACGUUGACAAAUGCCACAGCGCAGCAAAUUUUGCAGGUGGCGCCAAAUACGUUUAUUGCCUCGCAGCAGGCGCAGCAGCAGCAGGCACAGCAGCAACAGCAGCAGCAGCAACAGUUGCACAAUCAACUGCUGCAGCAUCAAUUGCAGCAGGUGCAGCAGCAGCAACAGGCGCAGCAGCAACAGCAGCGCGAGCAUCAACAAAAUAUCAUACAGCAAAUUGUGGUGCAACAGUCGCAGCCCACGCAGCAGCAGCAGCAGCAACACCAACAGCAGCAGCAGCAGCAACAACAACAGCAGCAACAGCAGCAGCAGCAGCAAGCACAGCAACAACAGCUGCAGCUAACCAGCGUGCCGUUCUCUGUCAGCUCAACGACAACUCCCGCGGGCAUUGCCACCUCGAGCGCCUUGCAGGCGGCAUUGUCCGCCUCGGCGGGCACUGUCUUUCAAACCACUGCCAAGACGAGCAACUCAAUGCCGAGCAGCAGCGUCGUCACCAUCAGCAACCAGGGCGCUGGGCCGCUGGUAACCAGCAGCACGGUCGCCAGCCUGCAGCAGCAGGCGCAGCAAUUGCAGCAACAGCACCAACAGCAGCAGCAGCAACUCAUUACGGCUAGCCUAGCAGCGGCUACUCAGCACCACCAGCAGCAGCAGCAGGCGCACUCACCCACACAGAAUCCCAUACUGGCCAUGACAUCCAUGAUGAAUGCAACAGUUGGUCUGCCAGCGACAACAGCAACACCGACGGUCAGCACGGCGCUGGUGACGCUCAGCAAUAGCAACAGCAUCACAUCACUGCCAGCCACGCCCACCAAGAGCGUAAGCAUGAACAGCAGUCAGGAGACGACGCCCAAGCAACAGCAGCAGCAGCAGCAGCAACAGCAGCAGCAGCAGCCAACGGCAACAUUGGUGCCCAUCGAAUCGUCGCUGACAGCAGCGGAAGCGCACAAAGCCAGCGUCGAGGCGAGCAGCUCCACGGCGACAACGACAACAACCACAACAGCCGAGGCGCUGCACAAUGGCGAUGCCAGCGAGACCACCAAGCUAACAGCAACAGCUGCCGUUGUCAAGCAAAGCAAUGCAGUGUUGCCCAGCAGCAGCAGCAGCAGCAAAGAGGAGAAGAGCAGCAACAGCAGCAAUAAUGUGAGCAGUACGGCGUCUACCAAUGGCAUUGCCAGCAGCGGAUUGCGUGCGAGCAGCGGCAGCAGCACAACAACCACAUCGACAACAACAACGACGAGCAACAGCAACAGCAACAACAGCAGCAGCAACAGCAAUGGCAAAGAUUUGCCCAAGGCAAUGAUCAAGCCAAAUGUCUUGACGCAUGUCAUCGAUGGCUUCAUUAUACAGGAGGCGAACGAGCCGUUUCCGGUCACCCGGCAACGCUAUGCGGACAAGGAUGACAAGGACGAGCCGCCCAAGAAAAAAGCAGCGCUGCAGGAAACGGAUCUCAAGUCGAGUGCAGCAGCAGCGGCAACAGCGGCUGCAACAACGACAACCACAACGAGCGCUGCACAGGCAACAGCUGCUGCUGGUGGCGUUGGUGCUGUUGCUGUGGGCGGCCCAUUGGCUGGCCUGCCCGCCGAUAUGGUUGCGUGUGAGCAGUGCGGCAAGCCGGAGCAUCGCAGCAAGCUGAAACGCAAGCGCUAUUGCUCGCCGGGCUGUGCGCGUCUGGCCAAAACGAGCAACAACAACAACAACACCAGCAGCAACAGCAACGCGAGCAGCAACAACAACAACAGCGGCAGCUGCAGCAAUGGCAGCGGCAUCGGCAUGGUUGGCGCCGACGCCAUGGCGCUGGCCGACAAACUGGACGAAUCGCUGGCCGAGGAGAAGAUGCAAACGGAUGCGAUGAGCCCCGAGCCGGGCAUGAUCAUAGCCGAGCUGCCAGCGACGGCGACGGCAACGACGGUGGCAAUUGCCGCAGCCGCUGUCACAGCGCUGCCAGCAACGGCGGCUGCCACGCCCAGCAGCAGCAACAGCAUGAACAACAACAUUGCCGCCGCCAUUGCGCCGAUCUCGAGCUGGAGCGUGGAUGAGGUUAGCGAAUUUAUACGCAAGCUGCCCGGCUGCCAGGACUACGUGGAUGACUUUGUGCAGCAGGAGAUCGAUGGCCAGGCGCUGCUGCUGCUCAAGGAGAGCCAUUUGGUGAGUGCGAUGGGCAUGAAGCUGGGGCCGGCGCUCAAGAUCGUCGCCAAAGUGGAGUCCAUGAAGGAGGUGAAUCUGCCCGCUGUCAACGAUGUGGCCAAGGAUGCCCAGCAAUAGUGCACAGUGCGAGCGAGGGCUGAUGUUGCUCCUGUCGCUGGCAGCAGCAGCAGAAGGAGUAGCAGGAGCAGCAGCAGCAGCAGCAGCAGCAGUGAUAGCUCUGCCACAUCUCUGUCGUUGCUAUCGCCCACCUACUCCAUAACACCGCCGCCGUAUUCGCCCGUCUAAAUUGGCGCUGGUCUAACCAGUUGUUGUUGGUGUUGGAGUUGGUGUUGGAGUUGUAGUUGAAGUUUAUUGUGAAUGUGAUUCACAUUAGCUAGGACUAGCUAAGACUUCAACCAGACCACAUCCCCACUCCCCCCACUCCCCCCACCUCCUC